UUUAUUGCAAAAGUCAUUGAGUAAUUGAAAAACAAAUUAUUUUUUAAAAUAAUAAUUGUAAAUAUUUUGUUAAAAUCAUUAAAUAUAAUUAACAAAAUUAUAAUGUCUGUUCGACUUGGGGGUGCUUUAAAAGAGCUGAGAAUUCACUUAUGCCAAACAAGUCCUCACUCAGCUGGUGUAAGGGAAUUCAUAAGUAAAAACUAUGUUAAUAUAAAAAAAGAGAAUCCUAAUUUUCCAAUUCUUAUUAGAGAGUGCAAUGGAAUACAACCUCGCAUUUGGGCUCGAUACGAUAAAGGCGCUGAGCAUAGUGCACCUCUCACCAACCUAUCUGCCAGUGAUAUUUUAGCUGCAGUUAAGCAAUUUGUAAAGUAAAUUAUUUAAAAUGUA